AUGAAUAACGGGUGGUAUGGGAAGUUUCAUAUGGAAAUGGUUGUUUGGCAUAAUGCUCAUUGGUCGACGUGGGGUCGACAGAAGUAUUUUGAUAAUAUCUUCCCUGGAUUGUACGAGACUCUGUUACCUUCGUCGAUGGUGAGAGCAAAGUUAAUGGGAUGGGAGGGAGCUAGGUGGCCAAAGAUGACCGAAGUUGACACCGGAGUUAGCUCGCCGGGUGGCAUCAAUGGUCUACUUUUAUGGCAACAGCCUCAUUCCAUGUACAUGGCAGAACUAGCGUACCAAGCUUCUCCUAGACGAGAGACUUUGAAAAGAUGGGAUUCCAUUGUAAGUGCCGCUGCCGAUUACAUGGCUUCUUAUGCUUGGAAAAAUGAGAGCUCGGGGCACUAUGACCUUGGUCCGCCUAGUUAUGGAGUAACAGAGAACACACCUCCAACCGAAACGCUGAACUUAGCUUAUGAAAUUGCAUAUUGGAGAUAUGGACUAGACGUUGCGCGUGAAUGGAAAAGGAGAUUAGGUCAACGUAUUCCUGAAAAAUGGAUAACCGUCGCGGAGAAUCUGGCCCACCCACCUCAAGUUGGUGGCUUAUACGCUGUUUAUGAGGGUCUAAAUAGUUCCUGGUGGGAAAAUCCUAAACUUAACGGAGAUCCUCGAAGCCUCAUUAUGCUUCAGGGUAUUCUCCCUGACACGCCAGCAGUUGACCCUGACGUUGCACUUAAGACGGCGGAUAAGAUCUGGGAAGUAUGGACCGAUGACAAGAUCCGCGGGUGGGGCCGACCCGUACUGGCGAUCAACUCUGCUAGAAUUGGCAAUCCAGAGCGUGCUAUCUAUCAUAUGACAGCAUAUGACUAUUGGAUAUUCGACGACGCAGGAUUUGCUGUGAGAGGAGGUGAUGGUGGCACCCCUCCUCCAUUCAUACCAGGUAACGCAGGAUUCCUUUAUGCAGUCGCGUAUAUGGUUGCCGGUUGGAAUGGAUCCACGGAGGAUGCUCCGGGUUUUCCCAAGGAUGGAACUUGGAUUGUUAAGCAUGAAGGUUUAUUAAAGGCACUUUGA